AUGUUUGAUAAAACACGAGAUGUAGUAGUGGAAGUGCAAUAUAAUAAUCCCAGCAAUGACACAAUAUCGAUUUAUAAAUGGUGUUUACCAAGCAAUGAAUUAAAUGAUCCUUUAUUCAAAGUAACUUGUAAUAAUGCUCCAGUUAACUAUAUUGGUCCACUUAUUAAACGACGUGAACCAACCAUUGAAGAUAUGAUAUCUCUAGAAGCUGGCAAAACAAAAAACAUUCAAGCUCGGUUAUCAUUAGCAUACGAUAUGACUAAGACUGGUAUUUAUUCAAUUCAAUAUGAUAUACCAACUGAACGUGUUGUCUUUAAACAUGCUCGAACAUUCGAGAGUACCCUUGUCAGAGUCAUUAGUAAGCGUCAAUCUGGUCUCCAGUCAAAUAAUAUAGAAUUAACAAUCGAAGGUCGUCCGAAUCGUCAACGUGAACAAAGUGAAAAUAUGAAUGUGGUUAGAAGAGCAGCUACUCUUUCAUAUGUUUCUUGUUCGACAACUCAGAAAUUUCAAAUAACCACUGCAGUCUCUUGGGCUCUUAAUUUCACUAUAACAUAA